UAUUAUUAUUAAGUGAUGAAGGUGAGAAAUCCAAGUCCCUUCAAAUGCAAGCUUUUCAAUCCAUGCAAAAAGUUGCUACAUUUCUUUAAGCUUAGACUUGGGAAGCCCCUCUUUAUAAGAGCCCUUCAGUUUCGUCGUUCCAAAUAUCCUCCCAGAAAGCCAAGAAAGCGAGUCCUUUCCAUUUUUGAUUGCCUAAUGCCAUCAAGAGACAUGGAUCGAGUCCUGGAGCUCAAGAGCUUUUCAGAUGCUGGCCACAGCAGAGCACCAUUUCCCUCGCCUCUCACGCCUGCUUCCGUGAAGAUGAGGGCAGCCAUUGAAGAGGUAGUUUCUGGGGAGGAAGAGGUGGAGGAUGCGUGCAGAAGCUUCGAGAACCACUUGGUUGACAUGAUUGUUGAUGAGGGGAAAAUGAGAGAUCUCAUGGAUGUAGAAGAGCUGCUCCAUUGCUGGAAUAAUCUCAAGAGCCCUGUUUUCAUUGACUUGGUAUGCAGAUUCUAUGGAGAGUUAUGCAGAGAUCUGUUUUCCAACAGUCCCCAACAGAGUGCCAUUGCUUCAAAGACGCUCCUACACUAGGCUCAGUACCAUUUCCAGCAGCAAUGUCUGUCUUCUUCAAGUUUCUGUGCUAAUUAUUCAAUAUUCGGAUUGACACAAUAAACCAUCCUUCUAAAAAUCACACAUUUUUCGUUUGUAGCUCAUCAUUCUAAGUAAGCAUGAGGCAGCAAGAACAAAUUAAUGCAAUUGUCUGUAAGUGAAUCUAUUCAAUAACAUGGACUCGAGAAGUUUUAAGGAACA